UGUUUGAUACGGUUAGAGAAAAAAACAGGAUGAAAUUUUCGGGAAAAAGUCGAUGUUGGUAACUUGUCGCCAGCUGUUUUGUCCAAUGUUUAGUUUCUGUUUUCCCCAUGUUGGUUGUUGAUCCGUCUCGUUUUUAUUCGUGGCAAGAGUAGUGGUGAGGAAGAGCAGUGGACCUUUUUCUUCUUUUUUUUUAAACAAUCGGAAAAAGUUUUAUUUUCCCGUUUGUCCGAGUCGGUGUUUAACAGAGUUAAGAGUUCGGACUUCGCGAUGUAGGUUCAGCAGUUCCGAUGAGGUGACCUCGUUGGAUCUGACUCGGGAAGUGAGUUGACGGGAAAAGGAGGAAAACUGCAUCAAAAACCCUUUGACGGAGCUAUCUCUCGGCGCUUUGCACCGGCCGACGAUCUUCGACGUUUUUCAAAAAGGAUCUCCAACCGUUUCCACCCCGGGAAGUGACUGCCGUCGGGUUCAGAAAUAAAACAAAAGUCUAUCGCAAACGCUGCGUUCUUUUGUUUUUUUAUCCAAAUAUCCAGUUAUUUGAUUUUUUAAUUACAGAGAAAACUGCUUAGUUUACGCGUUGGACUUUUACUUUUUGGGGUGUGUGUUUGGAACUUAAACGUUUAAGUGAUAAGCUAGAUCUUCGGAUAGGCGAAAGGAGACGUCACUUUUAUUUAUCAGCUUCCCAAGGGCCAUGUGACUGAUCUGGACACCGAGUUGAAGUGGUUAUACCCUUCCAAAUACUUUCUUGGCUCUUUGCUGUAUCAGAUAUCUUCCCAUUCCUUUCCCUAUAUAGAUGAUUUUCUUACCUAAAGAUCCUCUGCACACUUCUGUCAAAAUCGCUUCUGCCAUUUUGACCUCUAUUUCUCUAAACACAAAACUACUGUUGUUAAGCCAGAGGAUAUAUGAUUUGUGAAAGCUAAAUGUUGGAGAGAUGUGGAAGGGUACAUGCAAAGAUGAAUACUGCCGGGAGGUUAUUGUCUACCUCGAAGAGUCUUCGGUGGUCACAUGCCACAGCUGCGGCCAGACAAUGCCGGUUGACGCCCUUGACAACAAAUCGCCUUUCGACCCUGCAUUGGAUACAUACCACUGCACAAUUCACACCCCAGGGAAUAAACUCAAUGUGCCGCAGAGGGGAGCCGAUUUGAUAAAGGUCAUGGGCUUCUCUCACUACCACCACAAACUCGUUUCUCCCUUACUUUCGACAUACGGCAUGGACAAGCACACUGGGAAAGCAAGAUCUCUUAGGCAGCUCACUGGAAGGGCUGGUUUGGACUGUAGUGUUUUCGGUGAUAGAACAUUCAGGAUUGAACUGCGCCACAUUGAUAUUGUUGGUUUUGGUAAAGACAAUGCGGCAAAUGAGUACCUCUCAGAAACACUAACUGCACUUUUGCCAUAUAAUAACAACAUGCAUUCUUUGAUACCGCUGCAUGCCGAUGGGGAUGGCCAUUGUCUGGUUCAUGCCAUUUCAAGGGCAGUUGUUGGACGUGAACUUUUCUGGCAUCCCUUGAGGAUCGGCCUUAAACACCAUUUUAACAUAAACCUGGAAAAGUACAAGUCCCUUUUAGGGAAUUUUAUAAAUAAUUCAGAGUGGCCUUGCAUCAUUGACGAAUGUGAGCCUGACUACAAGCCAGGAGACGGGAGUAUGGUGGGGUUGCGGAACAUCCAUGUAUUCGGUCUCGCCAAUCUGCUCAGAAGACCCAUAAUCUUACUCGACUCACUAGCUGGCAUGAACGCUUCUGCAGAUUAUGCAGCCGUUUUCCUCCCGGGCUUGAACCCGCCGAUGGCCUGUAGCAGCAAGAGUGGCCAGCUCAAUCCCCCAUUGUGCCUUGCUUGGUCAAGCGCUGCUCGUAAUCACUACAUACCUUUAGUGCCUGUUAAAGAAUUGCCACUGCCUAAAUUCCCACGCAACUUUCUACCUAAAGUCUGGGGUUUCCCACAGACUCUUCUUGACACAUAUAUGAAGUUUGAUGAUCAAAAUUGUGUAACUAUAGGUGGGGAUGGAGAUUUAGCACAGGUAUACAUUGCCAAAUUGACAUAUGCGAUGGAUGAUCUUUUCCUUACAAGAAAGGGUGUGCCACCUGCCAUUGUUGCGGACCUUUUCCAUUAUCAGUACAGUACAAAAUUAGUGAGUGCACCCAAGUUUGAUUUAGUCGUCGAAGUAGCUGCAAAGACUCUUCAGGAACGACGGUUGCUUAGAUGCAUCGCUUGCAAUGCCCUUUGCGCCGUACCAAUCACAAGCCACUGGCUCAGGCCAGGCGGUCUUCUUUACAACAACGCCAAGAAAAUGUUCGGAUUUUUGCAGGAAGACUAUGAAUACACUUUUAGAAAUUAUGGUAUAACUAUGCUGUAUGAUGCACGAUACGACAUGCUGGUAGUCAACAAGUACCUUUCUACCGAUCCUUGCCCAUUUUGUCAUGAAAGUAACAAACUAAGGAAAAUCAGGAGCGAUGGCACGGUGGUUUAUGAAAAUGGCGACAAGACGACUUUCCCCGUUUCUGACCCUAAAAAAUCAAGUUGUUAUUGUGGGUUCAAACACUGGUGGGAUGGGCAACUCCAUGAACAAAGGCCUUAUACCAUAAGUUUGGUCCUCGAUUGGAAAGGUAUACUCAAGAAAGACAACAUAAAUUGGUUCACGAAUGAAAGCAACCCAAAUCUAAACAGCAGUUUGUAUGACGUAGCUGUUCUACUCGCACAGAAGCAUUACCCGGGUGAGCCGCACAGGGAACUAUUGCAUCAGUACAUCACAAAUGUACUCAUAGAAUUUACAAAGGAUCUUGGGAUGCAAGAAGAGGACGAAGAACGCAUGAAGAGCACGGAUCCUGAACAGGACGAUGCCAGUGGCAGCUUAUAUCGAACAGACGAGCCUGAUUCAAGUUCUGGAUCGGGCUAUGAAAGAAAGUUCAAAGAGGAUACCUUCGACAGCCUUGAGGAAAACACGAGCGUCAACUCCCCAGAGAACCGUAAAAGGCAUUCGGACCUGGAGUUGAGCGAGGCGCCAAGCCCAAAGACUAGCCGGUAUGAAGGCUCCGGCUCACCACAGCCUUCUACAAGCCGACUCUCUCCCAAGUACAAUAACUACUGUUGACCCUUUACAUCUGCAACAAACAAUGUCUCGUUCAAUACAGCCACGUAUACCUUUCAAACCGGUUGAAAUUUCAAAAAUGCCAUAUUCAUUUUUUUUUCUCUUGUUAUUUUUUUCUUUUAUGUGUAAUGAAAGUUUUGGGAAAUUUUCAUUCUUUUUAAAACAAUAAGGAUGUAUUAUUUUUUAACCA